AUGGCGAGCCCCGCACGCCAGCGGCAGGAGCUGGCGGUCGAGGAGCGGCGGCUCCGCGGCGCGGCCCCGACGGUGUCCCGCGACGGCAAGCGGGAGGCGGCGGGGGAGCGGCUGGUGCUGCUGGAGCUGCGCCGCUGCGGGCGGCCGCCGUCCCCCGGCCCCGGCGAGCGGCAGGAGGAGGGGGAGGAGGAGGAAGACGAGGGGGAGGCGGCGGCGGGCGAAGAUUGCUGCGGCAAGUGCAAGAAGCGGGUGCAGUUCGCCGACUCGCUGGGGCUGAGCCUCGCCAGCGUCAAGCACUUCAGCGACGCCGAGGAGCCGCAGGUGCCGCCCGCCGCGCUGUCGCACCUGCAGAGCCCGCCCGACGAGGAGCGGGACCCGCCGCCGCCCGGCGCCGACCCGCCGCCGCCCGCGCUGCUCCUGGUGCCCGACUUCCCCGACGGCGGGGAGCCCAGCGCCGAGCGGCUGCGGCGGCAGCGCGUCUGCCUGGAGCGCCUGGGGCGGCCCGCGGCCCCCACCGACGUGCGGGGCACGGUGCAAGUGCUGGGCGGCCCCGGCCCCAGGGAGGUGACGGUGCGCUACACCUUCAACGAGUGGCUCUCCUUCGUGGACGUCCCGGCCGCGCCGCUGCCCCCCGAGCCGCCGGCCGAGCGCUACGGCUUCACCCUGUGCGUCCCGCCGAGCCUGCGGGAGGGCUCGGCCCUGCACUUCGCCAUCCGCUACCGCAGCCCGCAGGGAGAGUUCUGGGACAACAACGGCGGCCGCAACUACACGUUGCGCUGCUGCGGCUGCCCCGGGGGCGGCCCCGCCGCCGCCCCGCCGGGCCCCGCCGCACCCCGCUACUGA